UACAAGCAAUGCGGCUCAUUAAUUUGCACUGAUAAACAUGGCCUUGACACUUUUUCUAAGCUUCAUCUUUACUCUUAGUCUUUAUUUUUCAGCCAUACAUGCCAAUAAUACCAAUCAGCAGAGCAACUCGGAUAUUUACAUAGUACAUCUUGAGUCUUUUCAUGGCCAACUUUUCUCUGACUUGGGUGAUUUACAGAAGUGGCACCAUUUAUUUCUGCCCCCAAAGAAUACAAUCUCAAACGAUUCCUCAUCCUCGCGCAUAGUUUACUCUUAUCGCAAUGUCCUUAAUGGUUUUGCCGCUAGACUAACACCAGACGAAGCAGAGCUACUACAGGGGACAGAAGGGAUCAUAUCGGUCCGGCCGCAAAGACUACUGCAUGCACGAACCACCCAUAGUGCUCAUUUCAUGGGGCUGCACCAGAACUUAGGCUUCUGGCAAAGCAUAAAUUAUGGUAAAGGUAUGAUCAUUGGAUUUUUAGACACCGGUAUAACACCCGAUCAUCCAUCAUUCCAUGACGAAGGAGUGCCUCCUCCACCAGCUAAGUGGAAGGGCAAGUGUGAGUUCAACUUUACCGCCUGCAACAACAAGCUCAUUGGAGCAAGAUAUUUCCAGGAGGUUGGAAAUGGGACGCCAUUGGAUGAGAACGGGCAUGGCACGCAUGUUUCAAGCACGGCUGCUGGAAACUUUGUCUAUGGUGCCAAUGUUUUUGGCCUUGCUAAUGGGACAGCUUCUGGCGUGGCCUCCCUUGCCCAUGUUGCCAUGUAUAAAGUAUGUGACGCUAGCGCUGCUUGCUCCGAGAGUGACACAUUUGCUGCUAUGGAUGCUGCAAUCGAAGAUGGCGUUGAUGUAAUUUCAAUUUCCAUUGACGAUAUCUCUAGACCUUUCUGGAAAGACUCUAUUGCACUCAGUUCAUUUACUGCAAUUCAGAAUGGCAUUCUUGUGAGCACUACAGCUGGUAAUACAGGUCCAGCACAUGGCACAGUAGUAAAUGGAGCUCCAUGGCUUCUUACUGUUGGUGCUAGCACCACUGAUAGAAAAUUAAGAGCAACAGUACUGCUCGGAAACGGUGACGAAAUUCAUGGUGAAUCAGCUUUCCAACCCGAAGGCUUCUCUCAAACUCUGCUGCCAUUAGUUUACCCUGGAAUGAAUACUAGUGAUCCUAUGGCCCCAUUUUGCAGUGCCGAGUCUUUGGAAAAUAUUGAUGUGAAGGGAAAGAUUGUCUUUUGUGAAGUUGGCGGUCAGAUAGAAAGACUUGAUAAAGGACAUUUUGUGAAGGGUGCUGGGGGUGCUGGAAUGAUACUCAUGAAUGAGAAGCCACAAGGCUUCACUAUACAAGCUGAACCUCAUGUUCUUCCAGCAGCACAUAUCAGUUUUCUUGAUGGCCUGAAGAUCAAAGCCUACAUAAAUUCAACGUCGACACCUUUGGCUUCAUUUUUGUUUAAAGGAACGAUAUUUGGAGAUGAUCAUGCUCCAGCAGUUGCAGCUUUUUCAUCUAGAGGACCUUUUCCCGAGAGCCCUGGCAUAUUGAAACCUGAUAUUAUUGGUCCUGGUAUCAGCAUCCUUGCAGCAUGGCCAACAUCGGUGGAGAACAACACCAACACAAAGUCUACCUUUGACACACUGUCUGGCACAUCAAUGUCCUGUCCUCACCUUUCGGGAGUUGUGACAUUAAUCAAAAGUGCACAUCCAGAAUGGUCUCCAGCUACUAUCAAGUCUGCAAUCAUGACAACCGCUGAUCUUAUGAACUUUGGCAAUAAUCCCGUUGAAGACGAAAGGGGCCACCGUGCUGACUUCUUUGCAACUGGUGCAGGCCACGUUAACCCAUUAAGAGCAAGUGAUCCAGGGCUGAUCUAUGACAUCCAACCCAACGAUUACAUACCUUAUUUAUGUGACUUGUACCCAAGUAGAGGUGUUAGUUUGAUUGUAUUGCAAGAAGUUAACUGCUCAUCAACCAUUCCUGAAGCAGAACUAAACUAUCCAUCCUUUUCAAUUAGACUUGGAUCUGAUAUUCAGGUAUACACAAGGACUGUGACCAAUGUUGGCGAGCCCGACUCAUCUUAUGCUCUGGAGAUUAUGCCACCUGAAGGAGUUGAUGUGAAAGUUGAGCCUUCCACCUUGCACUUCUCAGAGAUGUAUCAGAAGAUAACGUAUCAAGUAACAUUUAACCGAUUACUUUCGAGCAUUAAUGCCACAUUCGUUCAAGGAUUUUUGAAAUGGACCUCAUCCAAGCACUUUGUUAGGAGUCCUAUAGUAGUUACCUUGGAACCAUGAGGAAGCUCAACAAGCAACUCCACAUUACAUCAACUGUAAUUUCUUGAUUUCAAGACCCUCGGAU